AUGAAUGCUGACGCGUACCUGCGGAAGCAAGGCUGGAAAGGCUCAGGCCAUUCACUCGACUCGACCGGUCGUGGCAUCAAAAAACCACUUCUCAUCACCCACAAGCAGGAUCAAUUGGGUCUUGGCAAGAAGAAGGCGGCGUAUACGACCGACGACCAGUGGUGGAUGCGCGCAUACGACCAAAGUCUGCAAAGCAUUGGCACUGGAAAAGAGAGCACACUCAAUCAGAUCCGUACCCAAGGAAUCAAUCGCGGUGGUCUAUACGGCUUCUUCGUGAAGGGCGAGGCGAUCCAAGGUACCAUUGAGGACAGUUCUGCGACUACGACCGACGCCUCCGUUCCUCCAUCCGGUACAAAUACCCCUGCCACUUCUGUGUCCGACACCGAGGGUGCGUCAACUGCGGCAAAGCUCGAUAAAACGAGCAAGCGCAAGCGCGAGGAGGCCGACGUGUCUGAGACGAAUAUAAAGAGCAGGAAGAGCGACAAGGAAGCGAAACUUGCGAAGAAAGAAGCGAAGAAGAUGGCUGAGGUUGAUGCUGCCACGCAGAAGCCCUCAACACACAGUUCCAGAAGCAAGGAGCGUACCUCUGUGACCGCGAAGCUUACAAAGAUGAAGCCUGCCAAGAAGGCAGAGUACCAGGCGCGAGCCUUGCAGAAAGGUCAAUCUCUCGAGAAGUAUGUGCUUCGUCGCAUUCAGAAGAAAGACCAAAAACGCGCAAACUCAUCGGCUAUCCAGGGUGAAGCACAAGGACCGCAACAGGCAGGCAGUGGACACAAAUACAAGCUUCGUUCAGCUGUAGCAGCCGAGCAACUGGAGAACUCGACCCUACGAAGGACGAAGACGACCUAG